AUGGUCCCAGACUGCUCGCAAAUGCGUUUUAGACAUUUCACACAUUCCUCCUCGUGCGGGAUGCUGGUGAGGCAGAGCGUGAGCUCUUUGAUAUUCGUCUGCGCGACCAGCGCGUCCAAGUUCACGAGCUGCGGCGUAUCCACAUACUCCGUGAAUAAAAACUGGCGCAACGUCGCGUUCAACGACGCGAAGCCGACGCGGACGCCGGUGCUCGUCCCCCCGUUCGCGGCCCCCAUGGCGCCAUCAUUGCUCAACACGAGCGAGGCCGUGGAUAUCAGCUGA